AUGGGGCUCUUGAUACCGCCAUGGUAUCAGAGCGAGACUCCAAACCGCUCCGAGCUCAACGAUGCCAGCCUCGUGCUCGGGGCGACGAUACCUCUUGCCGUCUUCACUUUUGUCAAAAAUGGGAUGCAGACCCAGUCGAUAUACGAGCGGCGCAAGUCCUUUACGCCCUUUGUCAUCAUGUGCUGGGCCGAAUGGGCCGCAGCCGUCGCCCUGGCGGCAGUGAGCUACCUGUUUCUCACCGGGAUUGUGCCACCCAGCUUCUGGACAUUCUUCACCAUGAGCACAAGUCACCUAACCCCAACUCCCCGUCUCCAAAUCCAGAUGCAGUGCAUCCUGCAAAUUAUCAUCAAUCGCGUCGCCCUCAUCGUCGCCAACCCGACGCAGGUCCGGCGCAUCCGGCUCGUCGUCUUCGCCAUCGCCAGCGCCAUCAACAUAUCUGGCUACCCGAUCUGGAUACCCGCCCGGCUCCAGCUCACGCCGCACUGGGCGGUCAUCAAUUUCUGGUGGGACCGCUCAGAGAAGGUGCUCUACGCGCUCGUCGACAUUGCGCUGAAUGGCUACUUCAUGUACCACGUCCGCACAAAGCUGAUCCAGAUGGGCCUGACCAAAUACAAGAAGCUGCUGUACGCCAACAUUGCGAUGGCGUGCGUGUCGGUGGGGACGGACAUUCUGGUCCUGGGAGCAAUGUCUUUGCGCAGCCAAGUGAUAUACGCCCAGUUCCACCCUCUGCAGUUUCUCGUGAAGCUCCUCAUAGAGCUGUUCAUGGCCGACCUGAUCGCCAAAAUUGUCCGCGAGGACAACCGGAUCAACACGAUAGCCAACGGCUACACCGACACGGGGGGCACGACAGCCGACGAGAUGCAGGCCAUCCUGGCACGGCAGGGCGGGGCAGACUCCUUCUCGCAAGCCCUGGAGAGGUUCGGAAAUACCCAGACUGGGACGAUCGGUGGUGCUGCUGCGGGGGAAUACGACGACGUAGGCACACACCAUCACAUGCAGCGCAAGGCGGCCGUCACUGAAGUCUCAGCCAGCCGGGGUGGCGGUGGUUGCGGAGAUGGUGUGCCGCACAGCCGGCGUAAGCAGCGGAUCGCGAGAAGCCAUCGUGCUGGCGAUGUCGACGGCGGCGAUAUCGCGGACGAGCUCACACACCAGAGCCACGGACAAAGUGGCGGUGCAGCGGACGCCUGCGGACGAGGAGUAGGAAGCGACAGCCUGGAUAUCACGAGCUUCAACGACUUCGGUGCCGACGAGAAAGCCUUGAUAUCAGGAAGCCAUAUUCCCCAGGGCGUCAUCGUGCAAACCACGACAACGGUGGUUACGACGGAACCAGCCGGGCCACCGAGGUCGUGGUGGCUUCCAGAGGACGAGGAGGAGCAAGUUGCGACUACGCGUUCGAUACAAGCUUGCGAGGCUUGCGCAUUCGACAGCGAUGACGAGGAGGAUGAAUCUCGCGCGAUCCAUCACGAGGAUCGGCGAAGCGACUCGGCGCCGCCUUGA